AUGAACUGGUAUUUUAAAUUCGUAGCCAACCAUCCCUUUGUGGUUGUAUCAACUAUAGGAACACUUUCGGUUGCUGCUCUUAUUAUUUCUUUAAUUAGUUCAAAACAACCGGAUUUUUCUGAUCCACAACUGGGCUUUGAAACUAGGGGAACAAUCAUAGCCAAAAGAAUAAUUUCAUGGGAAAAUUUAUAUGAAGCCGCAAGACCUUCUGGUAUUCUUACAGUAAAUCCAAAUGCUGUCAAUUCGGUUUUUAAAUCGACUAAUACAUCUAGCAAUAAUUCUUCUACAUCGAAAGAAUUGCUAAGUAAUUUUUUAUGGCACACUCAAUUAAAUAAUUCUUCUUCUGAAGAAGAAAAUUAUGGAAAGGUCAAAAAGUUAAAUGACAAAGUAGAAAAUUAUAACGACGAUGAAGAAUCCUUUGAAAUUGAGAAAAAUUUUGAAGAAGAUUUUUCCAACUUGGAAUCGGCUCACAAUCAUUCGCAUGAUCAUUUAUCCAGUGAUGGAUUUUUCUGUGAUGUAAUAAAUCCAGAUUAUUCUCAUUUGGUCGUAGAAACCGUUAAUUCUUCGCAGUCUUUGCUAUCGUUAGAUGCAUUAAAAUCUAUUUGCAUAAUUCAAGAAAAUUUAAUGAAUAAUGAAAUUAUGGAUUCAAUAUGUCAAACAGUUUCACAUGGCCAUUGUUGUAAUCCAUGGAGUCUUCCCAAUUAUAUCGCUCUACUGUAUAAUCAUACCAGUUGCUUUAACAUAACAGAAAAAAGUGUUGGGAAAACAAAAGCAUUGUUAUACGAGUGUUCUAAAUAUUAUAACAAUUUGCAAUUGAGUUCAGAUUGUCAUGAUAAAACUCUUUGUCGAGGAGUUCCAAAAAAAUGUAAAAAAUUUAAUGCAGUUUACAACAUACUAUAUUACUUGACUGAUGUUGAUUUCUUACCUUCAAAUUACUCCAAAAUUAAAAAAGAAAAUGUAUUUCUUAAUUACACAAUGAUUUUUUUACCCAUUGCACGAAGUUCAGCCAUAUUGCCUUAUUAUUAUAAUUUAUCUUCUUCUAUUUUAAAGCAUGAUUCCGUGUUUGUUUCAGCAAUGGACCUAGGUUUAAAAAAUACACUUUUUAAUGAUUGCCUCGUGAGAGAUGCUUUUCUGACAGUUGCAGGAGGUGGUUUUAUGAUUUUAUGUAUUUGGACUUACACUAAUUCCAUAGUAAUUACAAUUUCAACACUUCUGGCAGUUUUUAUGUCUCUCAUUACAUCAUACUUUAUUUAUACAUUUAUUUUUAAUAUAAAAUUUUUUCCUUUUAUGAAUCUUUUGGCAAUCAUAGUGGCCAUUGGUAUCGGAGCCGAUGAUGCAUUCAUAUUUCAUAAAAUAUGGAACUGUUUAAAGAUGGACAAAGGAAAUCCAUGUUUGGUAAAACUGGUGUCAGAUACUCUAAAGCAUUCAUCUCUAUCCAUGUUUGUAACUUCUUUGACGACUGCGGCAGCAUUUUAUUCCAGCUCAGUAAGUUCUAUCACAGCCAUUAAUUGUUUCAGCGUAUUCGCUGGAACUGCAGUCUUAGUAAAUUUUUUACUGACCGUUACAUGGUUACCUGCUUGUUUUGUGAUUUCACAAAAAAAUUUAUUUCCCUCGGUAUUGUGUCAAUGCCAGCCUAAUUUUUUCAAUCAAUUUCAAACGGCUAACAAAUAUUUAUAUCAGGUUAAAGCCACCAUUGAAAAAUCGUUGAUAACGUUAAUAUUUCGCCUUAGAUGGCUGUGGCUAAUAAUAUUUUCCGCCAUUGCUAUUGGAAGUUCUGUAAUUGUUUUAUAUCAUCCAAAAUUGAGACUUCCGGAUUCAAAAAAUUUUCAUUUGUUUCAAUCUAGUCAUUUAUUUGAAAAAUACGAUUUUGUAUAUAAAGAUAAAUUUUGGUUCGAAAGACUGGAAAGGGUAACUGGAUGGGAUAAUAGUAAUUUUAAAUUACCGUUGAGAUUCGUAUGGGGCAUACAUCCCGUCGACAAUGGAAAUUAUUUCGAACCCAAUUCUAAAGGCACGUUGGAAUUCGAUCCGACAUUCGACAUGGCGGAUCCGGAAUCUCAAGCUUGGCUACUUGAUUUCUGUCGUCAUCUUCGAACUCAACCGUUUUAUCAAUCAACCCAUGGGCCAUUGUUGCCAAAUUGUUUUAUUGAAUCAUUUAAAAAUUGGAUGCAAAGACGUUGCAAAGAUUCCAUAGACAACAUAGAUCGUACUCCAUGUUGUGAAUCAUCUUUAUUUCCGUUCGAGCGUGAAACUUUUAAAAAGUGCAUUAAAGAAGCGAUCGGUAGUUUAUACGAAACACCUUCCGAUUAUUUUCUUCCCGGAGUGGCUGGACCCAAGUUUUCUAAAACGUCCAGCGGGGAAAUUAAAGUCGUGGUGGUCGAAUAUGACAGUAAUUAUUCCAAUUCUUUGUCCUUCACCGACAUGCACGCCUUUUACACCGAAGUAGAAGAUUGGUUUCAAAAACAGUUGGAGGGUGCACCACGUGGAAUGAAGAACGGAUGGUUUAUCAGCCAUUUGGGUUUCUACGAUCUCCAAUUAGCUUUAUCGAAUGGUACUUCCGUGGCAAUCGGAGUGUCCAUGAUGAUCGCAUUGACCGUAUUUUUUUUCGUUAGUUUAAAUUUACUGAUUAGCAUAUACACCGUCAUUACGAUUUCUUGUAUUAUUUUCGUGACGGUUGGAUUUUUGGUGUUGAUCGGUUGGAGAUUGAACGUGUUAGAAUCGAUUGCUGUUACCACGGCUAUCGGACUCGCAGUGGAUUUUAGUCUUCAUUACGGGAUUCAUUAUGGACUUUCGAUAGACAAUGACAGGAAGUCAGCAGUUGAAUUCACGCUUAAUAAAAUGAUUGGUCCAACUUUCAUGGCUGCUCUCACGACCGGAGCCGCGGGGUUUUUCAUGCUCCCAUCUUCGGUUUUAGCUUACAUUCAAAUCGGAGUAUUUUUAUUAAUAUUGAUGACGUCCAGUUGGUUUUACUCCACAAUAUUUCUCAUGUCACUUUUAAGUGUUUUCGGUCCGCUCAAAGGUUUCGGACAGUUUUCUUACAAACACAUAUUUAGGCUGUGCAGUGAAAAAGACAUAAAUUCACCAGCUCAAAGUAAUAAAACAUUGUAUACGAACAUAUUUUCCGAUGUUUUGCCGUCAUCUAGUGCAACAGACGAAAUCGUAUCACGAUCACCGCGAAAUUCAAGGGAAAUCCACGAAGUGAAAACACUCACGGGUUUGAAUAGGAAAAAAUGGCGUUUAAAAAAUGGUAAAAAAUCGUGUUUGAAACACCAAUCGUCCGAAGAAAAUGCUUUUUCGAUAACGACUCCAUUAUCGGAUAAAAACGGUUGA